UGCUACGGUCUGUAGUUCAAACGUCUCCUGUCUCGUCCAGCAUGAGCGUGUCAGAGUCUGAGUGUCGUAAGUGGAUCGAAGCUGUAACAGGCGAGAAACUGGUGGGCUCGAAUCUUGAAGAACAACUGAAGGAUGGCAUCGCUCUCUGCAAGCUGAUAAACAAGCUUUCUCCUGGCUCUGUAAAAUCCGUGCAAAAGUCGAAGAUGGCGUUCAAACAGAUGGAAAAUAUCAAUGCUUUUACUGAAGCUGCAAGACGGUAUGGUGUACCAGACAGUGAGAAUUUUCAGACUGUGGCUUUAUUUGAAGGGCAGAACAUGAAACAGGUGAUGAUCUGUAUUGAUUCUCUUGGACGUCAGGCUCAGAAAAAGGGUUACACUGGUCCCAAACUUGGUGUUAAGAUGGCAGAUACGCAGAAACGACAAUUCAGUCAAGACCAAGUGGAUGCUGGAAAGUUUGUUCCAUCCAAGCAGAUGGGCUACAGCAAAGGGGCGACACAAGCAGGAAUGGGGGGAUUUGGCAACCAGAGAAAAAUGUGACUCGAUUAAUAGUGGGAAAUUACUCAAUCGCAAGUGACUGUGUGUGUAGUUUCUUGUUGUUAUGUCAAUGUGUGUGGGCAUGGAUUACUUUUAAAAAUUUUGUUGUACUGUAUUCAUUAAGACAUUUAGUACUUUAAAAUAUUAUAUUUGAUUGCACAGUUAGCAUUAA